AAGAGUAAAUUUAAAAAAUUUAGAUAAAAUAUAUUGCACUCUCUAUUCCUGAUACACAUGUCCACUUUUCGACAAAAAAAUUAAAUUUUGAAUUAUUUAAUUUCCUGAUUUCAUACAAUUCAUUUCAUUUGACUUGUGUUUACUAAUAAUAUUGUUAAUUAUAUAUUGUUGUUAGACUACCAAGAUCCAGCUUGGACUUUAAAUGGCAAUUUCUCUAAUUGAUUGCAUAUAUAUUACAUCGGCUGUGUUCCUUUUGACGCUUUCAGCGCUGAAAGCGUCGCUCCAUCUCUAUUUGAUAUUCAAUGUGCAACGGAGAUAGAAUAAUGCUUACAGCGCUGAAAGCAUCAAAAGGAACGCAGCCAUCGUGUCCUGUUUAUGUGUCGUGUCACAUAUUAUUGUUAAUUAUUUCUAUCCAUAAAUUGUAUAACUUUAUUUCAUAUGAGAUUUCUCAUUAUAUUAUUUUUUUCUUAUUCUCUUUCUAAAAUUAUAUAUAAUCUAAUGAUACUUGUUCUCACACACAAUAGUAGUCUUUUACGUACGCAACUGGGUCGUUCUAACGUUUGCCGGCGUUCCUUUUGCCGCGCAGGUAUAACAAAGUGUCUCUCAACAUCGGGUCUGACCGGACAUCUCUGAGACUCUGAAGCGCGGGUUUGCUUCGCCACCGUGAGCGUCCGGUCGCGCCAUCUUGGUGCGUCACCGGCAAGUUGGACGCGCGGAAACAGUGUCUUCCUCGCCUCUUUCCCGGCUCCAUCAGUGAGCACUUGAGCAGGCCAUUCUGGCGGCUCUGGACAGUCUACAGUCUGGCCACUUCCGAUUUCUCGUUAGCCGCAAACAAAACGCUUGCGUCCCUAACCUGAGAGCUCUCAUCGCAAGAGGGAUACGUAGCGUCGGUGUCGGCGACGGCGUCCUGGUGGUCGUGGUGUUGUCCCGCGCCGGAUCAGCGUAGCCUAGCACGAUGGACGAGGACGUGGUGGAGAUGGUGGAGAACGUCUCGGACUUCGGGAACGUGAAGAACGUCUGCAGACUGUGCCUUUCCGCGGACGGGCCUAGAUCCUCGGUGUUCGCAACGCAGGAGGACGAAGAGAAGGAGGACUCGUCCGGCCACCGCGUGCCGCUGGCCGCCAAGAUUCAGGCUUGCCUGUCGAUCCAGAUUUCAGCAACCGACAGGUUGUCCACAUUGAUAUGCGCAAAUUGCGUGAAGAGCGUUAAUCAAUGGCACACCUACAAGGAGUCGUGCCUGCGUUCCCAGGACAAACUGCAAGAAUGGCUGACAAGUCAGUUGCAAUCAAAUCCUCCGGUUAUUCCAAUAUUCACGAUCAAGGAUGAACCAAUGGACUUGGACGAAGAUAAUAAUGUAGAAUCUAUCUCAGAGAUCACCAAUAAUGUGGAGCAACCACAUUCACCAAUUCAAACAAUGGAAAACGAUGAAUGCAAUAGUGAGAAAGUGCAAGAAGUAACGAAUACCAUAACAAAUAACAGCGAUGAUACUAACAAAGAUCCUGAACCAGUCCCACCUGCGGUGGAGAAGGAACCUAAUAAGGAAGAAAAUAAAGAGGACCAGCAGGAUCCUGUAGCUCUGUGUUCCAUUAAAAGCGAGCCACAGGAUGAAGACGAUAGCCAUAGUACUAUAGAAGUAGAAUCCACGAAUAGCAGUGAGUUGCUGUUGAAUCCCAUGGCAGCCAGCGGGACAGAGGACACGAUCAUGGAGGCCGAUUCCACACAGAGGUCUAACGCGGCCGGCGGACCGCCUAAGAAGAAAUUGAGACGCGGUCCUCAUACCCAUUUUAGAGGAACGCGUGUUUUUAAGCAGAAGUGCCAUCAUUGCCAGAUAUUCCUGCACUCCAAGUACACGUACAUGAAGCACAUGAAGCGGUUCCACAGUAAAGAAAAUGGCAUUGACAAUUCGGGAUCGCAAAACGACGACGAGGAGAUUGAAGAUGUGGAAGAUGAACUGAUCAGCAUGGAAAAGGACUCACCGCUGACGCAAGUCCAACAGGACAUUAUUAGUCAGCUGAAAACAUUCUCUUGUUACAUUUGCGAACAGACGUUUAACGAUCGACGCAGCACUCUCUCUCACAUACGUCAACAUAUGCCAGAUUUGAGACCGUAUACAUGUAUCGCCUGCCUGACGGAGUUUCCAGAUCGAUCGAUGUAUCAGUUACAUUGUGGAGCUUCCUUCGAGUGCGCCAUGAAGAUUGCCCUAGUUGUACCGAAACAUGGUAACGAACAAUACUUCACGUGCAACAUGUGCCUGCGCUCGAUGCCUGGUAGGAAGGAAUUACUCAGCCACUUGUCGAAGCAUUCUGACAAACAGUACGAAGAGAUGAUGUCGCCAACGCGAGCUCCGCCCAAGCUGAAGCCGAUGGCGCCGUUGCCAUCGAAAAAUAGCCUUCCCGAGAGGAUCAUUAAAGGACCUUACAAGAACGGCGAUCCGGCGCAUAAUCAUGCCUGCGAUUUAUGCGGCAUGAUCUAUCGAUACCAGCCCAAUAUGGUCAAGCACAAGCAGAUGUGCAUGCGAUUAGAUCCGGAAAGCAGAGUCCUGUACAGAUGCGUACAUUGUUACAUGACGUUCCUCGUAUUUAAGAAAUUCCACUACCACAUCACGGCCGACCAUAAAAAGAAGGAUUUUACUUGUUUCGUAUGCUUUUCCGUAUUUCGAUCGCCGAGUGAUUUCCUGACACAUCACGAGACUCAUCGCUCAACAACACCAACAACAACAACGCAGGCUAAUCAACAAGUGCAGCACGAGGAUACCUCGCAGAAUGCAGCUCAAGCGCCAUUGAAGGAACGCAACGCUUACGAAGCAAAUGUCAAAUCGAGAAUCAGUUCGCGAAUAUCAAGUCAGAAGUAUAGCUGUCCCCUUUGUGCCCAGACAUUCUCCACGAGGGUCGAGCUGAACGAGCAUCGGAAUCUCCAUCUCAAAGUGAAGAUAUAUUCGUGCGUCAUUUGCCGCAGUAUGUUCAGCAGCGCCGGCGCCUUGGAGAUACAUAUGAAGGAUCACGGUAUCGACGACCCGAACGAGAGAAACGCCAAUGUUUCCUGCAUGGAAUACGGCAGCUUGGACGAGGACGUGAGGAUCGAGAAAGAUUCGGUGAAUACUAGUGCCAUCUCGGAUCCUGGUACGCAGAUUCACGAGUGUGGCGAGUGCGGUAAGGUGCUAUCCAAUUACGCUAAUCUCCGGCGACAUGCUAAAAUCGCUCACCGAAACUGUAAGAUGUACGAUUGUACCGAGUGCUCGCGUAUGUUUAUGCGUAAAGAUCUAUAUGAUCAACAUAUGUUAAUUAAACACAACUCUACGAAGACAAUGCUGCAGUGUCCGCAGUGCCCUAAGAGUUUCGUCUUCCAAUCAAAUUUCACUUAUCACUUCCGUACCGCCCACCUCGAGAAAUCGCAGAACGGUUAUGCCUGCGACAUCUGCGGCAAGGUCUUCGUCGAGGAAGCGUCUUUGAAAAUACACAAGGGCUGGCACAACCGUGCAAACUCGCGUCUUAGCACUCGAUUCAUACUCGGCAAUCAAAAGGCGGCCAACGGACCGCAGAAAGAAUCUAGUAGCGUCGAGUCUGGUGAGAAUUCAGAACGACCAGCGAGAGCACGGAAGUCUUUCCCAAAUCCUCCACCUCAAUCACCGUCGAAAUCGGGAAGUUUCCAAUGUCAGGUAUGCAAUGACAAAUUCAACGAUGUCACAGAGCUGAGGACCCAUCUGUGGGACGUCCACUGCGCUCGUAACAAGGCGGAGAAGAGUUUCUCCAACGACGAUCUUCAGUGCGAACUCUGCACGAACAUUUUCCCCGAUCAGGAGACCCUGGCAUCUCAUAUGCAAUGGCACAAGGCCAAUCCUAUUCUCAGCGACAUACAAAAGACAUUCUCCUGCGACGUAUGCGGCAAGUCUUACAGUUCGAAGAAGGUUCUGUGGAAGCACAAGAGGCUUCACAAGGCUACCGCUGUGGCCUCGAUCAAAUUCCAAUCCUUAGCCAGAAAACCGAUGGCCACACAGUUCCUGUGCAACUUUUGCCGCAAGGUCUUCUCGAGCAAUCAGUCUCUGCAACGGCAUAAACUUUCCUUCCACAGUAGCGAAUCGCAGAACCAACAACGCGCGCAGCAACAACUGUAUAACAGCAAUCGAAUAUCGUCGUACGAGGACGAGCCGAAAGCGAAGCGCAUGAAGUUCGACCUCGAAAGUGAAAAUUCGCAGGCCAAGCUGUCGCCUUUCGCCAUGGACUUCGCCGGUGAGAGAAGGAAGCCAGUCAUGUGCCACGUUUGCAAGAAAAUGUUCCCCAAUAUGAGCGUGCUGUACAAGCACAAGCAAACGGUCCAUAAACCCCGUGUAAAAAAAGACUUGACGCCCGAAUGCAUUCCAAUGUCGACUCAAGAUGGCAAGUUUUCAUGCAACAUCUGCUUCAAGGAAUUCCCCGGUCUGUCGAAUCUGCGACAGCAUUUCACAAUCAAGCACAAGAAGACGGCAGCUGCCGAAGCCGGCAGCGGCUCAUCGAGCAAUGACAGACUGGUGCUCCCGACACCGGCCAAGGCACCCGAACGGCCAAGGGAAUUCGAAGUGGCCUACAAUAACGUGAUGUACAGCUGCAAGCUGUGCAAGCAGUGCCACGUCUUCAAUAAGGAGUCCAUCAUGAGCCAUAUCACCAAUGUGCACAACACAGUGUACCAGGCCGACAGCAAGAUGUUCCAUAGAGAGACCAAUCUGGGCGCUUACAUAGUGAAGGACGCGAUCGGAGCUACUUGCCCGCUAUGUGACGUCAAGUAUCCUAAUAACAGAGCUCUGAAGAUACACUAUAUCAAAUUCCACGACGAUGCUGAUUAAAGUCUGGAUUGACUGCGCCAAGCAGGAAGAAAGGUUUUUUUUUUUUUUAAUUAUAACCACAAAAAUCGAUAAACCUCAGAUCAUGAUUUUCUUCGAAUGCUUAGGCGAUAUGUUUCCGAGACUGCGUCGACCAGCAUUCUGAUGCAUAAUAUUCUGAUAAAUCGAUUUCCUUUAUCAAGCGAUAUUGUCUUACGAUAGGAUUCCAAACCUUGAGAUGAAUUCUGAAUCUUUACAAUCAAUAUGUAAAAUCAAGUAUACUCUUGCAAGUAUACUCUUGCAAGUAUACCCUUGCAAGUACCAUUGAGCUACAGUUUCAUGAGAUUAAAUGAAACUAUAAGAAGACGAAUACUUUAUCUUCAAAUACAGGAAGUGUGUUAUUUUAAUUGCACACUUCAAAUAUCUUGGUUGUUUAUUUUAGAAAAGAAUAUUUUUUCUAACUUGAGAAACGAUUAAAAUACUUGGGGUGUGCAAUUAAAAUUUGAUUAUCCUGUACAUAUUAUUACGUUGAUCAGGCUUUCCUUUUGCAGAUACUUCUACAAGCGACGAUCGCUUUUACUAUCGCGAAUAAUUUGUUACCUGUUUCAUAUAGCUACUGUGUAACUGCGACCAAUGAGGUGUGUAAAUAUCGAAUCGGAUAAACUAUAUGUAUGGUGAGUUCAGGAAACAUGGCAGCCUCUCGGUGUAGUUAUAAGUUGAUCGCUGCGGUCAGGUAUGUCUACGUGACCGAUUUUCCCACGAGAUUAAACUUUUAAACUUUUGUUCACGUGCUGCACGUGCAUCAUGUUACCGUCUCGCGACUUUUACGUGUGUAUAUUUUUGUCAUUCCCCCUCCCCCCCGCCCGUAUAUAUGCAAAAAAAUAGAAUAAUUUUAAGCACAAUUAAACAAUUGUCACCGACAUUUUGUUAGGCUUCCCAAUAUUUUGGUAUGAUUGCAGCGAUAGAAACGAUAACAGCCUUGGGGAUACUGCAAGAAUCGUUUAGGUUUCUUUAUCUAUACUAUAAAAUAUAUUGGGUAUGAUUACAACUAUUAUUAUGUACGGUAUGCAAAUAAAAAUCGUAAAUAUCUUGCUUACAUGUAACAGUAUUUAUUAAGAAUUUCCUUUUAUCGUUUCGGUUGUUUUGUUUCCGCUUAACUUGACAGUUUACUUACGUGUCUGCCAUUCCUCUCAUUCUUUUCUUCCAUCUUCCUCUCUGACCAUAGCGCGAUGCGUUAUAUUAGUUUUAUUACUAACUGCAUACUUGUAUUUCGAAUGUAUGAAUUAUAGCAAUAAAAGAAAAUAAAGAA